AUGAGUUCUCCAACCAAGAUUUGCAAUUUGAGUUUUCUUUCUGUACUUGACUUCUCUAAGAGCAAGUUGGGCGGAACUAUUCCAGAUUGUUUUGGGACUUAUAGCGACCAGCUUUCAGUGGUUCUUUUGAGAACACUUAAUCUCAAUGGUAACCAACUUGAAGGAUCAAUUCCACAGUCAUUAACGAACUGCCACAGUUUGGAAGUUUUAGAUUUGGGCAACAACAACAUAAAUGAUACAUUUCCUUAUUGGUUAGGUACGCUUCCAAAUCUGCAAGUUCUUGUCCUUCGAUCUAAUAGAUUCCAUGGUGACAUACAAAAUUUCAAUGGAACAUUUUCCUUCAGCAGCCUUCAAAUGAUUAAUCUCUCUCGAAAUGAGUUCACUGGUCACAUCCUACUUGAGCUAUUUGAAAAUUUAAAAUCAAUGAAAGAUAUUCCGGUAGACAAAAGUGGUCCAAUGUACAUGGGAGGAGGUCAUUAUCAAGACUCUGUAAUUAUAACAAUGAAAGGGUUGGAUUUCAAACUUGAAAGAAUUUUAACUUCUUUCACAGUUAUUGAUUUUUCAAGCAACCAUCCUAAACAAGUUGGAGAACUUAACUCACUCAUAGUGCUCAACUUCUCGCACAAUAGCUUAGCAGGUAAUAUUCCACCAUCACUAGGAAAAAUGACAGCACUUGAAUCAUUGGAUCUCUUGUCAAACAAGCUUCAAGGAAGAAUCCCAGUGCAGUUAACUGACUUGACAAAUCUUGGAGCAUUGAAUCUUUCUCAUAACAAUCUUGAGGGGCAGAUACCGUUAGCUAAUCAUUUCGAUACUUUCUCAAACGAUUCGUUCGAUGGCAACUCCGGACUAUGUGGAUUUCCAUUGUCAAAGAAAUGUGGCAACAAUCAGGAACUAGAAUCACCUCCAUCAACAGUUGCGGACGAAUCUGAAACAACACUUGUUUGGAAAAUUGCAGCAAUGGGUUAUGGAAGUGGACUAAUGCUUGGAUUGAGUAUGGGAUACAUAGUUUUCACAACUGGGUGA